AUGAGUCACUUUGAAACUCCCCUCUCAACAUCGGCUCAAAUAACUAGGAGGAACAUCCUCGAGUCGCUGUCGGGAUCUGCAAGUAAAACCUCAAAUACAGUUCCUACUAUUGCCCAGCAAAAAGCUGCUCAGAAAGCCGCUGAGAAACAUCGCAAAAUGCAAAACAAUUUGCAAAUUUUAUCGGAUCGACGGGAUCUACUCCUGGAUAAAAUACUGAGAAUAAACGAGUCAUUGCAAAUUGAAAACAUAAGCAUUCAUCUGCUUCGUUUGCAUUUAGAAACAUUGCGACGAUGUGCUGCAGACUAUGAAAAGAAUUAUUGUGAGAUGGCUGUACUUCUACCUAAAGAAGACCGUGCUGCGGAACACAAAGAAUACGAAACAUUUGAAAAACUUCACAAUGAGGUUUAUGUUGAGCUUCGAGGAAGGAUUGCACAAGCUGAGCUGACUACAAAGCUAUUGGAAACACAGAAUGUUGCUCCAGCGAACGUUGUUGCACCAUCGAACCCCGUUUAUGUGCAAACUAGCACCCCGCAUUUGCAAGCUCCCUUUCCAACAUUCAAUGGGGAUUUGGAAAGCUGGUACAGUUUCAAAAGCCUCUUCCAAAGUCUGAUGGCAAGAUAUGCGAAUGAAUCUCCGGCGAUGAAAAUUCUUUAUUCAAGAAACGCAUUAUGUGGUGAAGCAAAAGAGAAAAUUGAUCGAGACGUCAUUAACAACAAUGACUAUGAAGGAGCUUGGAAAAUUCUAGAGGCCGCCUACGAGGAUAAACGGUUGAUCUUAGAUACCCAUAUCGAUUCAAUUUUGGAUUGUCCUAAGAUUAGCAAAGAAAAUCGUGGGAGGUCAAUAUCGAAGUUAGUGGACAUUUGUACGAAACAUACUGACGCUCUCAAUGGUCACGGCUUUUCAGUAGAUGGAUUAGCGGAACUGAUUUUGGUGAACGUCAUUUAUAAGAAGCUCGACAAAGAAACACAAGAACAAUGGGAAGUAAAGAUUGGCCAUGACGAGGUGCCAAUGUACGAUGAGUUUAUAGAUUUCCUACGUGAGCGUGGGCGAGUUUUGCAACGCACAAAUCACUCUCAGCAGCAAGUUUCACCGCAUCAAACGGUUGUUCCAGUUAAACGUCAAGGAUUUAAUCAGAAACAUCCGAUCAUAGCAGCAAAAUCGUUUAUUUCAACUACAGCAGAAGUCUGUCCCUGUUGCAAAGAAGAUCACGUGAUUUAUAAAUGCGCCCAGUUCAUAGGCAUGAAUGUGGGAGAGAGAAAGUCCGUCGUUGUGAAGGAGAGAUUAUGCUUUAAUUGCUUGAAAAAACAUCGAGUGAGUGACUGUCCUACGGACCAAGGAUGCAAGGUGCAACGUUGUAAUCGAAAGCAUCACAGUUUGCUGCACCCGAACAUUAUUAUAAGCACCAAUAUUUCUUCAUCGGGAACACCUCCUACGGAAACACCUAUCGCAGCGUCGAGUAGUACUGUCGCGGCGGAAGUGUUCCUGGUAGGAAGAGGAGGUGUCUCCUUCAAGUGCCGCGCACUUUUAGAUUCGGGUUCGGAUAGUAACAUUAUUACUGAAGAGUUAGCAAACAAAUUGGAGCUGAGAAUGAACCGUGUAGAUUUGCCCAUGAGUGGCUUGAACGAUAUACAAAUUCAAGUAAAAUAUCUUCUGUCGACAAAGAUCGUAUCUUGUGUCAAUUCGUUUGUGUCAUCGGAAUUAGAAUUCCUGAUUGUGGCACGAGUAACUUCAACAUUGCCAGUUAUUGAGAUUGACGCACGUUCUCUGUCAGUGCCGAAGGGCAUUACAUUAGCUGAUCCAAACUUUCAAAUAGCUGGGCAAGUGGAUGUCAUUAUUGGAAACGAAAUAUUCUUUGAUUUGAUAAAGAAAGGACGCAUGAAGCUCGGAGGCAAUACUCUGACACUCGCUGAGACAGAAUUGGGAUGGGUCUCACUUCGAAGAGAGUUUAAUGGAAACUAUGACAAGAUUUUGGGAGAUGAACAUGUUCAUUCGGAAAACAUUAUGACUACUGCAGAGCGCGAUGUUGAAGAUCACUUCAUGAAAACCCAUAGUCGCGAUGAAUAUGGUCGGUAUAUCGUCAGAUUUCCUUUCAAAGAUUUGCAAAAUACCCUAGGCGAUUCGUAUGAACACGCAUUGAAGCGACUGGAUAAGCUUAUGGUAUCGUUGGUUAGAAUGCCAAACAAACGUGAAGAGUAUGCUGGAUUUCUCACCGAGUAUCUCGCACUUGGUCAUAUGAAGGAGGUGACGCACUAUAAAGAAGGAUGUUAUUAUAUACCUCAUCAUGCCGUGUAUAAGUCAUCUAGUUCGACAACAAAAACUCGAGUAGUUUUUGACGCCUCGGCAAAAACUACCUCCGGCGUUUCACUCAAUGAUACGCUUAAAGUUGGGGCAACGGUACAGAGAGACUUGCUUUCGGUAAUUUUGAAGUUUUGCACGCACAAGGUGGUAUUGACAGCUGAUAUCCCUAAAAUGUAG